AUGGCGCCUGCACUUCUCCAAACCAUCCCCCUAGAACAUCUCCCCGAAUCGCACACCCUCCACAUCGCCUUGUACCGCAACAUCACCAACGCUUCUUUCCUCCACCAACAACUCCUUACCGGAAACACCGAUUUCGAAUAUGCGUUUAUCGACGCGACCGUUGUCCUUUCGAAAUUACAUAUUUUAGCAGCAGCAUAUAGAGCGAUUAAUGAUGCAUUGGAAGAGAGAUUAAAGAGUCGAAAUAUUCAUUCGGAGAUUGUUUUCUCGCUGAGUAUGAAUAAUAAUAUUGCAGAAUCUUUCCGUCGCUUCGGUAUAACCCCAACUACCACCUCUCUCCUCGUCGUCAAAGUAGCACCCGCAUCCUCCGCGUCUCAAAUAUCAGAACAUCUUUCGUCUGUGAUUGAAGGUGAACCUGUUCCAUUUGAUGAUGAGUCUUUAGCGAGUAUGGUGGAUAUUGCGAGAGUGAAGAAACUUUACAAGUUGAACGCUCUUGGCGGUGGCGCGAAGAAAGGCGGUGCGAAUGGCGUGAGUGGAAAAACUGAGAAUAAAGUGGAUGGGACGAAAGAAUUAGAGAUCAUGGUUCUGGGUGCGAUGGCGCUGAGGGGUGCUACCAAUUAG